GAUCCUGACCGGACAGCCCUGGCAGCUAAGGCCAUUCAAAUGAAGAGAAGAAGAAGAAAAAUAAUAACCUCUUUUGUUGACGUUUGUGUCGUUUGUCUCGUUUGUGUUUAAUUUUCUGCAAAACAAAGAGUAUUACUGACAAUUCUGAAGAAAAUUGACUCAAAAAAUGGAUAAGAAUAAAUCUCAAACAUUUAUUUUAAGUUUAAAUGAUUUCGGACAGAAGAUUUGUACGUCUCAAUCAGAGCCAGAUAAAAAGUACAUCUUAGAUGAUGAAGGCAACAUGACAGAGUACUAUGAUCCAGAGACAUCUGUGUGCACCCUUAACUUGGAUUCUCAAGGUAUUAUUAGUGAAGAAGACAGCAAUGACACAAGCAACAGUGAACAUAAUAUAUCUGCUUUGGAAGAUCCAACACAAUUGGGGAUAAUGAACUCAUUGGAUGGUGUUUCAGAAUUUGAGGAGAAACUUAUGAAUGAUUUAGACUCCGAUUUCUUAAAUAUAGAACCGAGCCCACAUUCUGAUUAUAUCAUGCAGCAUAUGGAUAUAAGGGAACCGUUAUCAAAACUUAAAAAGCUUAUAGAAAAAAGAUUAGGCGUUAGCCUUCAAGGAUAUGCUUUUUCAUUACAGGAUGUACAAAUACUGGAUGAUAACAAAAAUUUAGUGGAGCAAUGUGUCCAAGGAGAAGGAUUGGUCCAAGUCAAUGUACAAAUUCAGACGAAUUUAAAAAGGAUCAAUAUUAUAGACGUUUUAAAACCUGCCGAGGACUAUGUUCAUAUUGAGGACAAUGAAGAAGGUAAAGAAGUAGAAUCUCCCAAAUCUGCCAGAGAAGAACCAAAAUCUACAGAGGUUACAACAAAACCAAAAUUUAUAGUUCAAUGGCAAGUUGACGGGAAUUAUAAAAAGGAGCAAGAGAGACUGAAAAUUCCAUCGGAUCCUAUGGAUUGGACUGCUCUUCAUGUUAGACAUUGGGUACAAUGGGCUGUACGCCAGUUUAAUCUGACUAAUAUAAAACUGAACGACUGGUUAAUGGACGGCAAGCAGUUGGUUGCUCUGACUAUCGAAGACUUUCAAAAAAUCGUUCCAAGCGAUCCUGGAGACAUUUUCUGGACGCAUAUUGAAUUAUUAAGAAAAAUGAAGCUUGUUGCAACGAAAAAGGAAGAUCCACCCAAAAGAAUCCUUCCUAAAAUUGUAAAGGUAAAUAAUAAGACUGGAAAAAAAGAUUUGAAAAUUCUUAAUUAUUCGACAAACAUUAGGUACUUUGAUCCAUCAAUGACUUUAAAUAAUAAAAAUGGAAGUAAUGGUCAAAUACAACUCUGGCAAUUUCUUCUGGAAUUACUGACUGAUAGGCAGCAUAAGAAUGUUAUUCAAUGGAUAGGUAAAGAAGGAGAGUUCAGGCUGAAUCACCCUGAAGUCGUAGCUGCUCUGUGGGGAGACAGGAAAAACAAACCAAAGAUGAAUUAUGAAAAACUAUCAAGAGCUUUAAGGUACUACUACGACGGUGAUAUGAUAUCUAAGGUGCAUGGCAAGCGGUUCGUAUAUAAGUUUGUGUGCGACUUGAAGCAACUUUUAGGAUACAGUGCAGUCGAGUUGGCAAAUCUGGUCAAGAAUGGUGACCCGAAAGAUUGUUCAUAACUAAGAAGUUGUAUUUAUCUAAGGUUGUCCCUAAUAGUAAGCAAGUGACAGCUCGUGGUUUGCGCAUACGUAGAAAAGAACUUUCCAGAAAGAGACAGGAUAGGGCAUAAGUAGGAUUUACCGCGAAUGUGAUAUUACCAUGUCAAAAAUUUGAUUGGUAUUUGAAUAUUACCAAAACACUAUGAAACUAGUAUGUCGAAUAAAUUCAUUACUUUAGAAACAGACGACUUUAAAAAAAUCAGUGUGUUGGACAUUACGUCAUCAGUGUUGGCGUAAUUACGUAAUCGACGAUUUUUUUAAAUCAAACCGGGAUCAGCGGACAAUUAUUUGAAAGGUAUCCUAAUCAGCUUUGCAACAAUAUAUUAUUCGAAUAUUGAUUUCUACAGGGUUAACCAAAAUCAUGUACUUGGUUGAGUAUGAUGCAGAAGUUUCUAAUAAAUUCAUUAUUUCAGAAAUAGAAAUAAAGCGGAAUAUCUCAGAAAACACCCAUCGCAAUUCAACCUUUUUUCCUUUAUAAAAAGCUUCUUAUCGAGUCUUUUCCAACGCCGUUUCCUGAAUUUAAUUUAAUCUAAUAGUUACCGAGAUAUUCUAUUUGGUUUUAAGCCAAAAAAUUACUACAUAGUUUUAUUGUUCUACAGAUAUAUUUUUUUAAAUUAUAUCUUCUAGCUAGUACAACUUUGGAACAAAUAAAAUUAGGACUAUUGGAUGUUAACAGUAGUCUUUAAUGUAAAAAUUAUAUAGGGGUGUAUUCUGUAACAUUUCCGUUAAAUCUAAGAGGCCUCUAAAAUUUAAGUUUCAACUGUCCUCCAAAACUUUUAGUUUAGAUUGACAUUCUGUAAACACAUAUUAUAGAGUAUAUAGAGGACCGCUAAAAUAUUUUUUAGAGGAAUCCUCUAAAAGGUUUCGGAAUAAAUACUGCAACGUCGCACGUUGAUCGUUUUUGAACUCCUUUUAACCUAGAAAUUGACCAAAAACUGACUGUCAGAGGCCAAAAAUCUUAAGAAAGAAGAAGAAAUUGACAGUUUGCUAGAAAAUAAUAUUUAUUGCCAACCGUCACUAAAGUCAUCCAUUAUUGUACUCAUUUGCGGCAGUGAAGUAACACUUUAUUGUACUGAAAGAAGAAUUUUACUUUACCUGUCGCGAUUAAUCAAAUUAACCGAGAUUGAAUGUAAGUCGUCGACAGUAGUAAUCGAAUGGCGAGUAUUUGAGUGAACUUACAAUUUAUUUGCUUUAAUUAUUAAAAAUAUUGUACACAAUUGGCGAUAUUAUCAAUUAAAUUUAUGUUAAAAAGGAAAAUUCUGUAGUAUUUUGUAAUUCUAUUCCUAUAAAAUAAAUUAAAACUACCGAUUUAGCAAUUAUUCAAUAUUGAUAACUAUCGAUUAAAAAUCGAAAGCGGCCAUCUUGCAAAAGUUAUCUGUCAUCACUGUCAUGAAAUUAUUAUGACGUCUAGAAUUGUUACGUCUAGAAAUGUACGUAAGUGUUAAACCAAUAUCAAAUUGUUGGCGAUAAAAUUUUGUAUGCACCACGUCAGUAAAGACUCUUUAUCGAACUCGUCUGUUAUUCGCCUCGCUCGCUAUGCUCGCUCUGCUCAUAAUAUCAGACUCGUUCCAUAAAGAAUAACUUUACUGACUUGGUACAUAAAUAGCUAUUAUUUAAUUAUUUUUUAGUAAAACUUAUAUUUUCCAAUUAAACAUUUUAUUUAUAAAGUUAUAUGUAGGUACAUUAAAAUAUUGCUGAAAAAUUUCAUAUCGUAUUUCUUCUCCUCUUCUACACUAAUUUUGGUCAAAUGGUCUAUUUUCCAUUACAUUAAAGUCAUCUUCCUCAUCUGGUUCUGAACCUUCUAGAACUUCAUCUUUAUUAUAAACAUUUGACAUCUUUUGUAAUGUAUUACAAUAAUUAUAAAUCAUUUUUCCUGCAAUAAUAGGAUUAUAAUUUAAUAGCUUUAACAAACAUUUUGAUUUCAACACUCCACUUAUAUUUUCAAUCACAUUUCUAGGUAGGUACUUCUUAUGGAAUGGUAAUUAAUUAAAAUUAGAAUUUUGUUAUAAUAUGUGUAGUAGGUACCUAUGGCGAUUGUAAAGUUAACUGAGACUUACCUUUCAUUAUUAUGUAUUACUUCUUCACCAAAUACAUUAUAAAAUGCCAUUAAUUUGCCGUUUAAAAAAAAUGUUUAUCUCCAUUAUAAUACAUAAAUAACAAACUACUAUUCAUUAUUCAUAUAAACAUAACCAAACAAAAAUAAUCAAACUGCAUUUAACGGACUGCUAAAAAUUUAGCGGGCACGUCUUGGCAUCCUCUAAAAUAUUCUGAUUUAGCGGGGGUUUUAACGGUUUAGGUUAUGAUUUUAACGGAUGCGUAAUUUACAUAAUACCAAAAUAUUUUUAACGGGCGCUAAAAUUUUAGAGGCGUCUAAAAUUUAACGGAAGUUUUACAGAAUACACCCGAUUGGGUGGAAGGCACUUAUGGAAUGAAAUUAUUGGUGUCCUUGUUUAAAAAAAAAUUAAAAAACGCUGAGACCCAUCGAUUUUUAUAUAUAAAUGUGCGCUGUUUAAACAUAAAUUUAAAUCUUCAAGGUUGAUCCAUGCAAGCCUAACAUGGUCUAUAAUAAGCUUUAUUUUGAAUGGAACACCCUGUAUGUUUUUAUAUUUUUGAAUCGAUGGUGUAUUCAUUGAAUUUUAUGAAUGACUUUUAUGCCAUCUAUGGUGUAUUAUGAAUAUUAUAGUGGGAAAUUUUGAAAUAAUAAUCAUGCAUUGAAACCACUUAUGGAAUAAAGUUGUUUGUGUCCUUAUUUUAGAAAAUUAUAAAAAAAUGCUAGGAUCCGUCUUUUAAAUUGAAAUAAUAUAAAUUUGAAUAUGCAAGGUGAUUCUAGCAAGUGUAACAUAGUCCAUUAUCUUUAACUUAAAUUAAACACCCUGUAUAUUUUUGUUUUUAGAAGCUACUUAACAACCUCAUUUCAUAAAUAGCUAUUUGUAUAACAAGGGAGGAAAGUGCUACUUUUCCUCCCGAGAAUGAAGUUUACUGCCCGACGCGUACCGGAGGGCAGUAAUCAUUCAAGAGAGUUAAAGGCACUUUACUCCCAUGUUAUACAUACAGUCGGAAAAAUUAAAGAAUAGGGCUUUUCAUCGAUUGUCAUUUGUUUCGAGCUUCUGUCAUAUGUUGUAUAAUCUGUGUAUUACAUUAAUAUAGACGGAUUAUAGAACAUAUGACUGAAGCUCGAAAAAAAUGACUGUGAAUGAAAAGCCCUAUACCCAUGAACGAUCACAUCAAUCACUUAUUUUGUAUUUGCUGUCUUUUUCUAUAACAAACGUUUGUUAUUUAUAGAAAAAGACAGCAAAUACAAAAUAAGUGAUUGAUGUGAUCGUUCAUGAGUAUAGGGCUUUUCAUUCACAGUCAUUUGUUUCGAGCUCAUGUCAUAUGUUGUAUAAUACGUGUCUAUUAACAUUAUACACGGAUUAUACAACAUUUGACAGAAGCUCGAAACAAAUGACAAUCGAAGAAAAGCUCUAUUCUUUCAUUUUUCAGAUUGUAUGAUUUUUCCACCUUCCUCAAAUAACAAGUAAUUUUUUCAUUUUUAAAUAAUGUAUUUAUGUAACUAACAAACUUUAUUAGAAAACUAAAACUAACAAGUAGGUACAUUAUAACUGUCAACUGUCAAAUAUAAGUCAAAUUAAUAAUGUAAACAUUGUUAAAUUAAAAUAACAAUUUACUGUUUUUUACCAUUCUGCAAAAUACAGGGUGUUCUAUAAAUAAACGUUAAAAUGUAUAGAUACUUACGUAAUAGAUAAUAGAAUAUUGUAUAGCGCGUUAAUAAAUUAUUUCAUCAAUGACAUACCAUGACGUCACUUUUACUUUUACUCCCUAGGGAGGAAAAGUACGACUUUGCUCCCUACAAUCAGGUCAGGAAAAGUAUAGUUUCGAUAAAGGUAGGUGGAAAAUGUUUUAUCUAGAGUCUGUUAUGAAUAAUCUUCUUCUUAACGUGCCCUAUCAAGUCCUCUUGACGUUGGCGAUUAACAUGGCGAAACUGUCUCCGUCUCGAGCUAUUCUAAAUAGUUGCUCUGCUUUCGUUACACCUGUCCACUCCCUGAUAUUCUUCAACCAAGAGGCCUGUUUUCUACCAAUUCCUCUACGUUCUUCGACUUUACCCAUCAUAAUAAGUUGAAUGAAUAUUAUAUCGGUCUCCCCUUACUACGUGUCCAAAAUAGGCCAUCUUUCUAAAUUUGAUAUUAUCAAGCAGUUCGCGAGUAGCAUUUGCUCUCUUAAGGACUGCCACAUUUGUCAGCAUAGCCGUCCAUGGUAAUUUUAAUGUACGUUUGUGCAUCCACAUUUCAAAGGCCUCCAAACGGUUAAUGGUGGAUAUUUUUAAUGUCCAGGCUUCGACACCGUAUAAGAGGAGUGACCAAAUGUAACAUUUAAUCAUACGCUUUCGAAGUUAAAGUUGCAAAUUAUCAUUACAGAAGAAUGACUUCAUUUUUAAAAAUGUUGUUCGAGCUAUCUCGAUUCUACAUUUUAUCUCUUUAUCUGGAUCUAUUUGUUCAGUAAUAUGACAACCAAGAUAUUUAAAACUGGGUACUUUUUGAAUUAUAUGACCAUCAACAUAUAACCUGCUGCAGUGAUUGGGACUAAUAGAGAUCCUAAACAUAAAAUUUCAAAGUUUUAUUGAAAUAUAAGUUACUUUCUAUCUAUACCAUCAACUAGGAGUUUUUUGAUUGGAUAAAAAAUCUCAGUUUGGCGGCUUUUGAAACUGAGAAUGUUUUAGCUAAUUUAAAUUUUUUUUUCAACACUUCAUUUUUCUAAAUUUUAAUAUUUUUCAAAAAUCCUAGUUGAUGGUAUAGGAAAUAACUUUCAAUAAUCACUAUCAGUCCAUCAGUGGAGCUAUGUUAUUUUUCACGGUGCUAGAAGUUGGCGCAUAAAUCGUUUAAUUUUUAAUAUUUUUUUAUGAAAGUGGUUUUACAUGUACUUCUUUUUAUAAUAAAUGCUCAUGCACAUUUUCAAAACAAUUGGUACAGUACUUUUUAGUUUAAAAAUUCCCAAAGAAGUAUAUGAAUUUCGUACUUUUACACUAGGGUAGCCCCUUUAACAGAUUUUAAUCCCAACCGGUUUUUAAAUUAUAUUGAAAAGUAAGAUGUUUAAUAUUAUUAGGUAUUUGUCUCAGAAUUUUUGUCCUGUGAUACAGGUUUUGUACCAUUUGUAAAAUAAGUGAAAUUAAAAAUAUUUCAAUACA